AUGGAAAACGACCUGAUAUCGGCAGAAGAAGAAGAUGCCUUGGACCUCCUUUUGCAGGAUACAUUUGAUGGCGAUCCAAGCGAAUCUGCAUUCACUCUAAAUGACAUGGUAUUGGAAUCCCAGUCCUCAGUGGGAAGUCCCCAGUUAUCUUCCGCUGGCGAAGAUCCACUGGCAAAUCCAGACAUGCAUUGGAAGGAUGCUGAUGUCGAGGACACAGGGGUACCGGAUCCAAGAACUGUGGCUUUUCACCUGGAACGACAACCUGGCAUUCAGAUGGGACGACUCUUGAGAUAUGGGGCCAGAUUGUUCAGAGAACCAGUAGAUUUUCUGAAGCUGUUUUUGACGGAAGCUUUGGUUUUUUCCAUCUGUGUUGCCACCAACCAUUAUGCUGAGAUGGCCAUAUAUAGAAGGGAAAGAUUGUCGUAUGCUUCCCAAGGAAGUUGGCAACCUCUCACUGAAGAGGAACUGUAUAGAUUUUUGGGCAUUAUCUUAUAUAUGUUUGUCGUAAAGUUCCAGUCGAUAGAUAGGUAUUGGUCAACGCAUGCCCUAUAUCGGAACAACCCAGUGCCAGGAAUUAUGUCUAGAAAUAGAUUCCAGGCUAUUUUGUCCUUCUUACAAGUAACUCCACCUGCUGAUAUCAAUAAAGCUGAGAAGUUAACACGCAUACAGUCGUUGGUUGAGAAUUCGAAGGAAUACGCAAUUUCCGAAACUUGCGUAUUAUACCAGCCUUACAGGGAAAUAGCGGUAGAUGAGAGAAUGGUCGCCUCUAAGCAUAAGUUCUCGGGUAUUCGUCAGUUCAUUAAAGGAAACAAACCUGUUCGCUUUGGAAUAAAGCUUUGGGUUGUAGCAUGUAAUAUGUUUGGCUAUACAUACAACUUUGUUGUCUAUCUUGGUAAAAAAUAA